GCUGCUGGCAGAUCACAGGCCGCAGUGAUUUGGUAGCCGCUGCAGUAGGAGGAAGGACCGCGGUUCUACCCCCUUCUAUCUUUCAGUUUCUUCUCGAAAUUUUAUCGGUGGUCGCUUCUGGUAACGAUUGGUACAUUGCGUGUAAAGUGACGGAGCUCAGUGAUCAAUAAGUUGUAGUGAUACCAACGGAGAGUGAUAUCAAUCGCCAUUUUAAUCGCACGUUUUUCCUGACAGAAGCGCUAGCACAACAAUGGCUCUGAAAAGAAUUCACAAGGAGUUAAAUGACUUGGCACGGGACCCACCAGCCCAGUGUUCUGCAGGACCGGUAGGAGAUGACAUGUUUCACUGGCAAGCCACAAUAAUGGGACCCAAUGACAGUCCUUACCAGAGCGGGGUUUUCUUCUUGACCAUACACUUCCCCACAGACUACCCCUUCAAACCGCCAAAGGUUGCUUUUACCACAAGAAUCUACCACCCAAAUAUCAACAGCAACGGCAGCAUUUGUCUUGACAUUCUGCGAUCACAGUGGUCUCCGGCUCUCACCAUCUCCAAAGUCCUCCUGUCCAUCUGCUCUCUGCUGUGUGACCCAAACCCGGACGACCCCUUAGUACCUGAGAUCGCCCGCAUCUACAAGACGGACAGGGAAAAGUACAACAGAAUAGCUCGGGAAUGGACACAAAAGUAUGCAAUGUAGUGUUGGGUUAGAAUCAUCGCCAACCACCUCUACGACAUAAGAUUAGGGGAGCUUAAGACGUAAAGAGAAAACAAACAAAAACCAUUCAAACAAAUGAGAAGUGUAAAACAA